CUCCAAGAAGCCAUCCAAGAAACCCACAAGAACCAUAACCAGAGGAACCUGACGUCCGCUGAAGAAGAAGACUGAAGACUGCAGUCCAGGAUGAAGGUGCCACUGCUCAUCGCUCUGCUCAUUACCACAGUCCUUUGUCGACCGGCGAGAAAGGUUACUCCGAGCAGUUCAGAGAGCUCUGAAGAGGCAAGACGUCCAACUGCUACACUCGGAGGACAAGUAGCCUUGGCGUCUCUGUCCCAGUCUGCCUCUGUACAGCAUGUGUCAGUGUCCAGCAACUCUGAUGAGAGCAGUGACGCUUCUGAAGAACAGGUGGCUGCAGAUGUUGCAGUGCAGGUAAAAUCUGCCUCUGUGUCCGACUCCGUGUCUGCCAUGGCCUCUGCUUCCACCCAGAGCCCUGAGAGUGAGGACAGUGAUGAUGACAAUGAUGAUGAUGACGAUGACACAGAGGAGAGCGAAACUGAGGAGUCUGAGAGCUCUGAGUCCGGUGAGGCCUCCACUGUGUCCACAGCUACUGAGUCUCCAGUGAUUGUGACCGACGAUGUUACCACAGCAACCAUAGUGGAAAACAUAACUCCUGAUCCCAUUGACCCCACCAUUGUGACAGAUGACACAGCGGACUCAGGGCGAGGGGACAGCCUGGGCUCAUACCCCAGCGAGUAUAAGAGCAUUGUGUAUGUGGAGGACAAGUCCUACCACAAAGUGCCUGAACCACACAAGUCCUGGGACUACACCAGCAAGAAGAGCACCUAUGAGCCAGAAUACGGCAAUGAGGUGCACAAGGCCUUCAAGGUGUACAAGGGUGUGCAGGUUCACCAGGAGCUGCUAGAGGGGGACACCAGCACCCCAGAGGUGGAGAGCCAGGACCUGAGUCCCAGACAGGCCUCUCUAGACACGGAGGUCAGCCAGAGCAGUAGCAGUGACAGUGUGAGCGACAGCACCAGUGACAGCUCCAGGACCACUGAGGAGGACGGCCAGGCAAAAGCGGACAGCAUCAGCUCCGAUAGCACCAGCACCCAUGAGGAGAGCGCCAGUACCAGCGAUGAAAGCCCGGAGGGGGAGAGCCUGAGCCAGAGCAGUGAGGAGGCCACCCCUACACCAGGUGCUGCUGACAGCCAAUCAGACGAGAGCAAAGAGAGCCAAUCAGAGGAGGACACACAGCAGCCCGAGAUCACCACCGACCUACCCAUGGUCGUCACUGCCAAAUAAGCCACAUGGACAAUCUACAAACAGACUCAUUUACACCAACGAGCUAAUGAGAAGCCUGUAUGCAUCAUGAUAUAUUUAUUUUAAGAACACUAUCUAUGUAAUAUAACCACCAAUCUGUUUGAAGAAAUAUCUGUCUGAAAGGCAUCAGAGACAGACUUAUGUUAUGGAGGGCUGAUGUUCAGAAAACUUCAAGAGGGGGUAUUAUGCAAAACUGACUUUUUGGACCUUUUACCAUUAGAAGUUAUAACAUUGUUCUCUCAUCAAAAACCUACCUGAAGAGGUAGAGGCAUGUCAUCCAUGCAUGUUUUGAGUAUUUUAGCAAUCUCUCCCAGACACUAUUUGAACCUUCCUUACGGUUAGCUGUUAGAUUCUGUCCAACGCUCUGCCCACAAGCCUAUGUCAACCAUGCUCCCGCUUGACAAUUCUCCAUAACUAUACAAAAAUAUGAUUAAAAAAAAACAAAACACU